CUAUAGGUAUCCCUAGCAGAGGCAAGCCAGGAAAGAAGUGACUAUUAUAUUCGUUUCAAGGAUAUCAUUAUAAGGCUAGUGUCCUUUCUGGAGUCUUGAAGCGAGGAGCGGUUACCGGACAGUUUACUAUACCUGGUCAAGGGCCCUUAGUGACGGAAAUUCAACUGUAAACAAACUCGUGAAGGCGGUUGGAAAGCCGUGACAUGGCUGAUACAGAUGAAGAACCAACUGACCGACCUCCACCUACCGGCGGAGCUACAGAGCUUUUGCUGCCUGCCGCUGCAGAGCAAAGCGGUCAAUCUGAAAUGACUGAAGAACCUCUUGCUGUAGAACAGGCUGAACCUACUGAGGACCGGAAGUCGGUGACAGAAGAUGACCAGAAAUUUGUUGACGAGGACGCGAAAGCGAUGCCGUCCAAGAGUGCAGAAGAUAGGUCGCUGUCAACUGAGAUGGAAGAGGGAGAGCUGGAGACGGUGUCUAGACCACCGACUGUGGCCAGCAAACACGUUUCGUUUCAGGAAGACCAUGAAGGUACGGGAACGCCUACGUCUCAGUCUGGCACGCAUUUGGGACCCAAAGAGCAGCUUGUUCAACGCUCUACAUCGUCAAUUCACCUGGAGGAUACGGCAGUGGAAGAGAAGCAGACGUCUGUGACUGUUGUUACACCUGAUGUUGAUAUGGAGACGGAAGUGGAGGAGGAAGGGAGGUCUAUGACUGAUGUAGAGACGACAGUGGAGGAGAAGGAGAGGCCUGUGACUGUUGUUACACCAGAUGUUGAUGUAGAGACGACAGUGGAGGAGAAGGAGAGGUCUGUGACUGUUGUUACACCAGAUGUUGAUGUAGAGACGACAGUGGAGGAGAAGGAGAGGUCUGUGGCUGUUGUUACACCAGAUGUUGAUGCAAAUGAGAAGACACUACCAGAGAAUACAAAGGAUGGUAUUAGUGAUGAAACUGGUGAAGAAGAUAAAAGAGAAAGAGCUGUUGCUGAUUCUGAGCAGAUGGUGGAACACAGAGACAUGAAAUCGGAUAUUCCACCUAUUAAUUUCAGACCAGACUUCUCAGCUUUUGAAGUCAUCGAUGUAGAGCAACCUGAGCAAGAAGAUGACCUUGCUUUGAAAUCUGAAACUCAUGCAAUCCAAGGCCUUCUGGAUGAGCUGGAAGACGGUCAGUCUGACCUGGAUAGUGACAUGCCUCCUCCACCUCUCUUCUCUCGGCCUGAACAUCGAUCUAAUCGAGAAAAGCUUGCUGAUCUAAAGACACAGAUCAGUGAGCCACGUGGGCUUGGAGAGUAUCUGGAUGAGUUUGAUGAUGUCGUGAAGGAUGAUGUGUUGCUGAUUGGUAACAUCUCUUUGGAAGACAUCCAAGAAGAGGAACGGAGACUUCGAGAUGAACACAUUGCAUAUCAGAAACAAGAAGCGAGCUUACAGAAGGAGAGAUUGCAGGAACUGCUGCAGAAAGAAGAACAAGCUAAACUGGAGGUGGCGAACAUAGCAAAAGAUAAGAAAAAAGCAAUACAAAAAAGAGAAACUAUGAAUUUACAAAGAGAUCGCUUGCAACAUGAUAUGCUUCAGAAGUCAUAUCGUCGUGCUGAACAACAGAUGUUAGCAACUUUGAAGAGACGAAAAGCUGAAGUCAAGACUAUGUAUGGCGACCUUGAGGUUGCGGAUGGUCAGUAUGGUGGGAGUAAAGGUCGCCGUUGGAAGGUCGACUGGUCAAAAACACCACAACCGAUUCAAGUCAAACUGAAGUGUCUCCGAGCUGUGAAAGACAAGCUGCCAGCUGGCAGAUACAUAAUGAUGGUGUCUUUGUAUGACCGACUGGGAGGUCAUGUUCUGCGCUGGUCAGAAUUGAAGGGACAGCAGUGGGGUGGUGCCACUCUUCCUGUGCAGCACGAUGGCCAUUAUCACAACAUCGAGUUAAAGCUCGAUCAGAGCGUGUUCACUGUCUGUCCAGCCAAGCCUGACAUCCGUCCGGCAAUGGUGCUGAUGUUUGAGUUGUUUCUGCUACGAGGAGCGGUGACACCCACUGACAGAGUGGUUGCUUGGGGAACGUUUCCGAUAUCAGAUGCCGAAUUCAAUAUCGUUGAGGGAAAAUACAAAUGUUGUAUGCUGCGAGGUGACAUUGAUCCUUCUAUCGAUAAACAUGAGAAAUUGGAAGAACUAAUGGCUCGUGACUUGGAGAACUGGCUGUGCAACCUCUACUUUGAUGUUCUUAAACUACCACGUUACCUUGCUGGUCAAAAAGAGUACGAGGUCGAACUUCAGUUUACAUCAGGCUUGCUGGGGUUUCCCGAUCGUUUACAAGACACUGAGUCAGCUGUUGAUGGCAACGACCCAGUUGUAGACCAGCAAGAUGAGGUACGUGAAGCGCUUGGCGGAAGUAGGAACUCCUUGGUUUCUGGUGGAUCUAGCCAGGAAGAGGCUGGACAGCUUCGUUUGCGAACGGCUGCUGCUAUAACUCGCGGCGAUCUUUCAACCGUACGUCCCGAGACGUCUGUUCGUCAGUCAAGGAGGUUGGUAGAAGGUGGAGAUUCAUCUGACAGUGAUGACGAAUUGCUUGACGACGAUGAAAAUACAGAAUUCACUGAACAGAACGGACAGCCAGGACUCUACUACAAGUUGCACACAAGGAAUCCUGCAGACCGAUACUACAAACAAGUAUACACAAUGCUGCCCAAGACGCCGAUGCUGAAGAAACGGAAAAAGAAGGCACUGAGUCACUUAGAAGAGCUUGAAAAUCACAGCAUAUCAGUCAAACCUCCGUUUUCAGCUAAGGGACGAGAUGAAAAACGCAGCAGCAAAAAGAUUCAGUAUGUUGGUAGGCAGCUGCUGGCAGAGAUGGGUCUUUCUCAGUGGAGAUCUCGUGAGUUUUGGGGUAUGAUCAUUAUGCUCAUUUGUGUAUUUUGGAUAAGGCUCUACCUACACUACAUCGGACAGUGGCUGUUCCUCAGUGGUAUACAAAUUCCAGUCAACAAGUUUGAGUUUCUGGCCUACACAGUGUUUCUCAGGUACCAGAGUUCAUUGCUAUUCACCCGUGAAGAGUUUGCUGUUGUCGUAAUUGGCCCGAUGACAAAUGUCGUCGUCUUUGCUUUGUUUAUUAUGAUGGCUUGGGCUGCACAACGAGUGUUUGGCUCAUUUCCAAACAUCCUGUCUCGAUUCAUCGUUGCCUUUGGAAUUGAGACGGCUCUUGAUCUGGUGCUUGUUACUAUUGUGGAUAUGGCAAUGGGCCGAUACCAGAACCAAGAAGGAACUGAACCAAUAGCCGAUGCUGCUAAACUCUAUUGGCAUUUCUUCCGACUCGAGGGGAAUGGACUGGCUGGGAUUUUUCUCACUCUUUUUGUCUACUUCUUCAUUAUGUUUGUGGCAAUCGCUUGUCUGUACAUGUACUUUCUCAAGCUCCAUAUGAACGGAAGAAUGCUCGACAUCUAUCAUCGUCUUCACGGCAGCCAGGACGACUUCUUCGUUCCCUUCGACUUGGAGAUAUCUAAUGAGGAGCUGAGCUACAUCGUGAAGAAAGCCGAACAAUGGCGUGGAGAAGAAGGAGAGAGGAGAAAGACAGCUGUGUAUGAUUAUGUGUGGGAAGAAGAGCAGGUGGGCGACAAUGGAAAUUCGACGAGCCAACAGGGCCGCCGCGAGACGACGAGUCACGUGUCUAUUUAUACGAUACAUCUUGAUGGGCUUCGUCAACUCUACCGACAUUUCCUCCGACUACAAGACGGCGCCAUUGUCGAGGUAUUCGGAGACGUGGGGUCGGUCGGGCAACGUAAUGUCGACAACAAACUUCAAUCUCGCUUACCAGUGGGCGAAGGAGGAUCCAGAGAGCAGCUGUUUACAGUUGCGGCCACCGACAGGGGAUUGACGCCCUUGAAUUCAACCCGCGCAACAACCUGCGCCACCGUGAGACAGCACGCCGACUUCCUGUCAAUUCCAGAACACAAAUAUGGCAAGGGGACGCCGACAUCUCCUGUUUGAGAGACACCAACGGAGUUGAACUCUUGUAAUUGACCGUAGUUUGUAGUAAUAGAUUUCCUGUACAGUUUCGUGUCUAGUUCCUGGAUAGAAUUAUGUAGAUGAAGCGGAAAAUACUAAUAAAGUUUGAUGCAUCGUGAAA